AUGCGAUUGGCAGAAAAUCCUGAUGGAUAUGUAAAAUAUCUUGCAAGAAAACAAAUUCCAGAUAAAAUAUCAUAUAAUACAAGGAUAGAGAAGGUUCAAACAUGGUAUCAGGAAGAAUUAUGUACUAAACUAGAAGA